AUGUCAAACAUAGUUAAUAAAGAUAAAUGCAAUAAUAUUCAAAAACAUACACAUGUAGAAGAUAAUAAUACUAGUGAUCAAGAACAAGAAACUCAACUUGAUACUGCAAAUUCACAUAGUGGAAGUAGAAGUUAUAUGGACACUACAAGCAAUAUGAUAUAUCAUCUAGAUAGUGAACAUAAAAUUACAAAAAAUAAUCAUAUUGAUAGAAAUAUUGAAACUUUUAUGGAAGCUGCUUGUGGAAAAAUUAUGCUCAAAAAACAAACAGAAAUUGAAACUGCUAUGAUGACUUGGAUGAUUGAUGAUUGUCAACUAUUUUAUCUUCUACAAACAGAAUCUUUUAAAACAUUUAUGAAAGUAGCAGUUUUUGGCUUUAAACUUCUGGAUUUAUGGUCAUCACGUACAGAUAAGCCAUAUAUUGGUAUUACAGUUGGAUGGUUAGAUCUCAAGAAUUGGACAUUAAAAGAAGGGUUAUUGGCUUGUGAAAAAAUCAAAGGAAGAUAUACAGAUGAAAAUAUCCAAGACACUAUAGUCCAAAUUAUAGAUCGGUUUCAACUUAAACAAAAAUUAGUUGCUGCCACUACAGAUAAUGGUGCAAAUGUUGUGAAGGCAAUUCGAUUAAUAGAUAUUUCCCAUGUGCCAUGUUCUGCACACACUUUACAUCUUAGUGUUUUAAAAGGUCUUAAUAUAGCUAAACCAUUUAAAAAGCGUAUAACCAAUCUUAUUUUGUUCUUUUAUGGUAGUACUAAACAAACUGAAAACCUUAAAAACACACAAUGUAAAUUAAAUUACCCAAAAAUAUAUAAAAUUCUUAUAGAUAUUAAGACAAGAUGGAACUCCACUUAUCUUGCAUGGUGUUAUUUGCUUGAAUUAAAAAAUGCUAUAAUCUAA